AUGACCACCUCCUCUCUGCGACCUGAGACCGGUCCUUAUAAACGCCCUCGUCUCUCAGCACCCACCACCCACGAUGAGAGAGCCGUCGCUUCUCAAGCCACGUCCUCUGGUCGACGUCCCUCACAGGGCUCAUGUUCACGUAAUAAUCCAAUUACACGCGUCUUGUCCGAGUCAGAACAACGGUCACGAUUAGCUGCCAUCCAAGCUGGUCUAGCAGUACAGGCACCGCAACCGAAUGCGUCUUCUGGUCGUCCCGCCAUAUCCCCGACAACUUCAACAAGUCUCACGCGGCCUCCAAUAUCAGAUGAGAUAAGGCAGGCGAGGUUGAAGGCAAUUCAGGACACUCUGAGAGAGGAUGAGGCUAUGAGACAAAGUGCGAGCGCCACGGAGACCUCGAACGUCAACCAAUCACUCGAUCAACCGUUGGCACAGGCUACUGAGCAACCGUCUGAGGGGUAUACAGAUCAUAACACCACUAUGAUCUUCUGGCCUCAGUCCGACGUGGAAACAGAUCCCUUGCAUGAUGCUGACUACGAUGAUCUUCCAGUAGACAUCCCAACAUCCGGAUUUCAUAUAUUCUCUGCGACUGGGGGAAGUACUGCAGUGAAGCCUCCCGAUGAGCGGACACUUCAAGAGCGCCUCAAGCGUCAGCGACAGUGGGAGGAAGAGGAUCAUGAGGGCGAUACCCCUUACCCUCGGUCACCCUCACCUGGCAUGAACACUAACUGCGAUGCCGCCGAUCGAACUUCUGAUCAUAUCAGUACAUCGCAUUUGGACCGAAAAGGCAAAGCAACUGCGGUUACCGCCCCUCGUACUCCUCUCAGUGAAGUAAAGAACGGUGCACUUGUCUCGCCGACUCGUACCGCCCACACAUCAGAGAAUGAGGUAUUGAGAACAUCCGUUUCAAGAGAAAACACCGCACCGCUGUCACUUCUCCAGUCCACCGCUCCUGUCAACCCUCCCCAAACGACCGCCCGUCAAUCCGAAUCUGCGGGACCGUCCGCUGUACCUGCUCUAAUCAAUCCCGCUAUCCGAGCCCUAAAUUAUAAUCGCCACAAAGCGCCUCACACACCCGCCAAAGCUACUCCAAAGAAGUUCGUCACCCCUUUCAAAACAAACCAUACCCCAGCCUCUACCACACCUCCGUCUGCAAAACCCCAACGCAUUGUACAUUAUGGCACACCGAGCAUUAAACAACCCACUCAACCCCCGGCCCUGACAUCUCAAACGAGCGGACCGAACCACUUAACAAACGGAGCGCGCCGUCGACAGAUAUCUGAUGCCGUCAUGAGGAACAGAGUGUUCGACCUUGAAGAUAUUCGACAUCGACAGACCCUGCUGGCCUCUGGCAUUGCGCCAGAAAAAUAUGACAAGUUUGAGCUGAAGAGUCGGUGGAAGAUCCCCUCAGCCUUGUUCUCCGUAACGCCCCAAAACGCUGUCUUCUACCUUUUCAAUAUCAAUUCGCAAAAUUUAGGUGCAUUUGAUGCCCACGCUCAACUUAUUCGCCGCGGGUGUCGCCUUGCCACCCCAGAGUGGGUCCAAAACCAUUGGUCACUCAUUCUUUGGAAGUUGGCCGGCAUGGCUCGCGCUCAACCAGAGGACUUCCACAAGCACUGGUCGUACGAUGAAGUUGUCCGACAGUUGCUUUAUCGCUAUGAGCGUGAAAUCAAUCGAGGUGAACGUCCUGCAGUCCGCAAGAUUCAGGAACAGGAUUGUCCUGCAAGUAGACCAAUGGUCCUCACAGUCUGCGAAAUCUCGUGGUCAGAGGGACAGAAGCCCGAAGAAGCGGGAAAGAAGCACCUGAAUUUCGUUCUCACAGAUGGGUGGUACAAAAUUCGCGCCGCAGCUGAUGAGUGCCUCGGAAAGGCGGUGAAUAUGGCCAAAAUCAGGAUCGGAACGAAGAUCGCAAUGUCGGGGAUCAAAUUGGAAGCGGCAAAGGAGGGCAAGGAAGUGUUGAAGGCUCUCGACAACACGCAACUUAAACUGACUGGCAAUUCUACAAGCAUCGCACGAUGGUACACAAAACUUGGGUUUUCUCCGGUCCCGUUUGUACCAACAAUUGCCAGUCUUACGGCUGACGGCGGUAACGUCGUGAUGUUGCAUAUCGUCGUCACAAAGCUAUUCGAGAUCGGAUUCAUCGAUUCCCAGGUAGAGGGACAGCCAAGGCCCGUCCCAAGGUGUCAGAAGGAAGAAGACGCUGCGUUGGACGCGUGGAUGAAAAAGUGUGAGAAAGAUCAAGCGGAGUUGUGCAAGGAAUUUGAAGACAACCUAAACAAGUUAGAAGGUCUUUUAGAGCGGCUCAAUCGACAAGCUGGUUACCAGCAACUCAGUCGCGAUCAUCUCCCAGCCUGGGCCGAGGAUACCUUAGAAGAGCUCCUCGAGGCGGAUGACUAUCGACCGUUGCUACAAGAACGCUCCCGUCAGGACAUCAUAUACCUCGCCACUGCUGCGCAAAUGAAGCUUGAUCAUGACCAAACCAACGCACGUCAGUUGAUCGAAAGGGCAAUGGAACAGCGCCACGAGCCACGUCAGGUACGCAACUUUCAAGUGGCUUGGAUCGAGGAUGCACGGACUUGUAAUCGAAUCCCAAUGCGCACCGGUCAAUUGACGGUAUGGGAUGCUCUGUCACUCGAUCUGCAUGAACGAAUGCAGUACGUGGUCACCAACCUCGUUCCAACCCAAAAGAGCUCAUGGAGGAAGCCCGACAUGGAGAGUGAAGUAUUCCUGCAGACGACUCGGGGAACUCGGUGGACUCCAUUGACUUGA